AUGAACCUGGUGUCUAUUCAGGAUUUCCCUGAGCAUAGGAACCUCCACCUGCGGACUUACUCUGGGAGCAGUACCAUUAUCGUUUGGUGCUAUUAUGUGCUAGGAAUAGGUGUGAACGUCCAAAUUAAUGGAGUGGGCAUGCAGUUUGGUGAUAAUCCUCGCAUAUUUUUAGAGAACUGCCAGCCUUUUGAGGCCUCUGCCACUCUACUGGACGCGGCUGGUGAGAAUGAGCCGUUAUUUAAGUUGUCACAAGUGGAGGAGGAUCCCCCUAUCCAAGGUGAAGACCGUACCACUGCACGAGGCUUUAUAAGGAGGAUCUUGAUGCUCUCCGGUGUCUCUGAAAAGAACGUCGAGGCACAAGCACACUCCAUCGCUGCUCAUUGCAUCCGCCUUCUCUCAUCAACCGCUCAGCCGUCCGUGCUAGCCUCUCUCAAGGUGACUUCUAUGGCCUCCCAAGUUGAGCGCAACCUCCUGGGUGCUGUAGCUUUCCUCUUCGACAUAGCAGAGUUAGACCGCUGUCUCGUCUCGAAGCUCCUUGGAAAGAUACAACAGAAGAAGGAAAAAUUAAAAUCUGGAGACAGACAAAAAUGGUCGCAAAUGAUACUCAUUAUUAUCUCUUUUGCUCGAGUUCAUAACUUGGAAAAGUGCGAUAAUCUGCCGCUCUCUUUGAAGGCUUACUGGGGGUUAUGUGAAGAAGACUUUGAGAUCAGUUGCCAGGAAGAAGGAUUUGUAGGGACGGCUCCAGACACCUUUGUGUGCUUCGACAUUAUCUCGCGCAUGCUGCUAGGUCAUCAGUACUCCAAGGAAUAUGUCGCCAGUUCGGCUUUGGUCAGUUCUUGGGGAUGGAGUGUUUUCUUUGAUUCAUUUGACGCUCUUGAUCCGGCGGAUAUCAACCCCGGCGUGAUACACAUACGUCUCGGGGUCCCUACAAGGAAUGGCGAGCGCAAGAUGCGUAUCGUUGACGGCCCAACAGAUGUUCCGAUUGCAUGGGGUGAGGUCCUGCACGAGUCUGAAAUUCCGAUCACUUUUUGGCCAGGUGUAUUUACCGGCAGGCUGACUGCGACCCUUAUCGGCUAUCAUGGGACGGACGCCUUCUCCGCUGUUCAGGUGUAUGAGUGGGAAACGGGACCUCAGAAAUCAAAAAAGUGGCGGAUGGGUUUUCGCGACAAGCAAGAGAUGUGCCUCACGUUUAACAUCAUCGACAUAUGUCCUUGCCCGGAAUUCCUAAAGGACGAGGAAAGCAAGGCGUGGAUCAACCAGCUGAUUACGACAGGCCACCUUCAAAAACGAGGAGUCUUGGAUAGUGCCAGAUUGGCAGAGGUUGUAGAAGUGACCAGAAAAUAUCCAUCAAGCGCAGAGAAGCUUGCGAGCUCGCCGGAGAGGGUAUUUUGCGAGACUUUGCGGAGGCUUGAUACGACAGAUUCCCUCUCAAGCGCCUGGUACUUCUUCGUCACGGCCAAUACCGCCGCAAGGUGGCUCGCUCUUGAUGGUUUGGAGCAGCUGAAAGGGGAAGCUGCGGGAUUCCUAAAUAUAUUACGUGGGAAGGGCUGUUGUGUGAAAUGCGCGUGCAGUGCAGUUGCUACUAAAAGUUUUGUGCUCUUGUAA